ACACGUUUAGCAGUCAAACAGAAUAGCUCUGGAAGCAAACACUUGAAGUGCUGCAUUACGAUAAUAGCAUGGCCAAUAACAACAUCCAAGUCCCUUUGACUUACUAUUUUCAUACAAUUACGACAUUGGUGUUAACACCAAUUUUUUGGGUUAUCAUUGUCAUAAGAGAACUACUUCAUAGGCCACAAAAUCCUACCAUAAAAGGGGAAGUGGCUGUCAUCACAGGUGGCGCCAGAGGUUUAGGUCGCGAAUUAGCCAUUGAAUUGGCCAAAAGGGGCUGUCACAUAGCUGUAUUGGAUAUUUUGGAAGACGAAGCAAAGGAUACUGCCAAAUUCUUGAGUGAAUCAUACAAUGUUAAGGCCAAGGCCUAUAAGGUUGAUAUAUCUGACUAUGAGCAAUUGAAUGAAUUUCACUCCAACGUGGUGCGAGAUUUUGGAGAUGUCACCAUAUUGAUAAACAAUGCCGCCAUGUUAGCCAUAUCCGAUAGCACCCCCAUGGAUUGCAAGGAAAUUCAAAAAAGGAUCACCGUCAACUAUACAGCACAAUUGUGGAUGAAUCAACUGUUUUUGCCCCGCAUGAAGGAAUUAAAUCAUGGUUAUAUCAUGGCUAUUUCUGCUCUUGCCGCCCUUAUUACAUCACCCUAUGGCCAAAUAUAUGGCUCAAGCAAAAGUGCUGUGAGAGCUUAUAUGGCCUGCUUGAGAGCAGAGUUGAAACGUGCCAAAUACAAUAUCAGAGUGUUGACCGUAAUGCCAACAUUUCUAAAUACCAAUCAUCAAGUAUUGCACUUUGUAAGGCUGUAUGGGUUCGAUUUGGUAUUGCCCACCAUAGAUGGCGAUGUGAUUGCUAAACAAGCAGUGGAGGCAAUGUUACAUGGCCUUGAGGAGAUAACAUUGCCGCGUAUCGCAAAUCUAGCCUGCAAAUUGAUGGAAUUGUGGCCGACUUGGUUGCGUGAUUUCGUACUGGGAGUAAUGAGUCCCAAAGUGAAUGUGGAAGAAGUUAUAAAUUUACUUAGUGCAGAUCCGAAUUAUGCAGCAUCAUCACCAUCAUGAUUUAUAUUAUGUUUGAUUGAAUAUAUUAAAAUAAAACCGACAGUCUGGACGGACAGAACCAUGAUGGAUUCUCGGA